GCCGUCGGUGCAGUGCGUUACGCGUCGCCCGUGUUUUCGUUUGUGCGUACGAUUUAUCGUUAUUGUAGUGUCUUAUGUACCAUAUACGAAAUUCAAAUUACUAUCGUGAUAAUAAUAAACGUCGACGGGAAAACGAGAGUUGCCAUUACGAUCGUAAAACAAUACAAUAAUAUAACAAUCAUAAUUAAUUACCGUCGUCGCGCCGUUUGUCAGAUCGCCAAAGGGGAAUUUCAACGUUUAGUGUGCGUCAGCCGCCGCCGCAACACCACCAGUCCAGUGCAUCUCGUAGUUGCAGCCGGCGCCGAGUGCGAUUUACCAACGUCCCCGUUACCACUUACCGGGUAUAUAUCGCGUGGUUACCCCGCCGACGUCCGAACGUGAGUGCGCGCGUGCGCAGUACCGACCGCUGAAGUUGCAAUAAUACUAUCAUCAAAUUAUCAUUAUAGUGACAUAGUGAUCGUCCCAGUACCUGUGUAUUUCCCGACUUCGCCGAGACCGGUUCACACGCGGCGCGAAUCAUGUUCGUCGACGUGCUCAGGCGGUACUUGCUGAUCGUGUGGAACUUCUUCUUCGGACAGGUCUCUACUGAAUCGAUCAAAGGCAGUCCGCCGUCCUGUCCCGAGGACAAACCUGCAGUUUCGGCUGACGUAGUUUCUCCCAUCGAGGUUGUUGGCAAUGACGAUAAGAUCGAAAACGGUGAUGACGAAGAUGAUGAUAUCGAAGAGAUUUUUGAUGACGAAGAAGAAGACGGAGAGGAAUUGGACUUAGAAGACGAAGAUGAAAUUGAAGAUGACCAAGACGAAAAAGCAGCGAUCGUACCCAAAAAACCCGAAGAUAAAGUUGUAUCGAAUGACACGCCUAUUAAACCCAGCGUUCCUACCACUAAAACCGAAGAGGUCAAAGCACCAGUCGUUGUGCCAAAGCCGAAAGACGAAAUAAAAAAACCAGAGCCGCCAAAAGCCCCCCAGGAAAUCAGUGAAAAACCAAAAAUUGAUGUCGACAACACCAAAAAAUCGGAGGCUCCCGCCAAGCUAAAGCCGGAAUUCGAGGCAGGUGAGAGGGAAGGAGCUUCAGCUAAAGUUGCGGCGCCCGAAAAGGACGCGUCCAAGUUCAAGUCAGAGUUUGAAAUCGUAGAGAGGGAGGACAAAGACGUGCUGCCACCGAAGCCAAAGACCGAGUUCGAAGUGGUCGAGAGAGGCGCGGCGGUGAAACCCGUGCUGCCGCCUCCACCACCUCCAACUUCGUCGUCAGCGACGAUCAAAGACGAUCCUAGCCGGCCGUCCGAAAAAAUCGGCAGCGACGACGACAAAGUCGCUCCGAAACCAGCGGUACCGGAAAAGGCUGCGGCCCACGUGAAAUUUCAAGAAGACGACGAUACCUCAGGCAAAGUCCACGCACCGGCCGCGGACUUUGCGACUCUGGAAAAAGGUGAAACAGUUGUCAAACCACCGGGUGUAACGACGACUGGACGUAAUGCAGCCACCUCAGACGCGGUCGGAGACUUUUUGUCGGCCGAACAGACGCACGGCGGUCAACUCCUGAAAAGUCACCACGAAUCCAUUCAAGACCAACAGUUGGAUUACAGUGAUUCCGGUGAAGAGCUAUCGGACGACGACAUUGAAAUCGAUUACGAGGACGACGAGGACGACGAAGAAGUGGUAGAAGUGAAACCUCUGCCGCCCGUCGCUCGAAGCGUUUAUAAAAAGAACGACUGAACCACCGCCGUGUUUUGUUUAGUUGUCUCGACAGCCAUUGUAUAAAAAUAGUUAAAAUACAUACUUUAUUCUUUUUAUAACUGUAAAUUAAAAAAAAAAUCUUACCCAUUAAAUAAAAAUAA